CAAACAUGGUCACCUUGCAGACUACACAUAUCUGCCUACCACAUGUCUUUGUUUCCAAUGAAUACCGGCAGUGUACUAUUCAUUAAAGGGACUGUCUCUCACCUUCUGGUUAUAUAUUCUUCAAAUUUCCAUUGCUUUAUAUCCAGAAGAGUUUCAAGACCUAAAUCUUCCCUCUUUUUCCUUUCAUUUCAGAGUUCUUUCCUAUUAACCUUGGAGCAAAGUAAGAUGGUCAGAGCUAAGAAGCUUAUCAAUUUAGCAAGAAAAUGGCAAAAAAUGGCUGCAAUCAGGAGAAAGAGGAUCACAUCACCAAGUGCCACCUCAGAUACUGACGCAAACAGUUGCAGCACGUCGACAGCAGUUGAGCAGGGCCAUUUUGUUGUAUACAGUGUGGAUCAGAAACGCUUUGUGCUUCCAUUGGAAUAUCUCAAGAAUGAAAUAGUCAUGGAAGCAUUCAACUUGGCCGGAGAAGAGUUUGGUCUAUCAGGCAAUAAAGCUCUCAUCUUGCCUUGUGAUGCAACCUUUAUGGAAUAUGUAAUAGCUUUGAUCAAAAGGAAACCAAGUAAAGACGUGGAGAAAGCAUUGAUCUUGUCCGUAGCUAGUGGCCGUUGCUCAUCGUCAUAUCUUUAUCAGCAAGAAACGAGCCUACAGUUGCCAUUAUGGAGCAUCUGAAGCAAAAUUUCUUUUUCUUUUAGCAUCUUGUAAUUGACCCACACCUUUGUAGAUUAACGUAUACAAUGCAAAACAUCAGAAAUUUUUUUAUCUACAAUAUCA